UUGUUUUUUAGAAUGUGUUAACAUUAAAACCAAUAAGUGUUAGUUGGUUUCUAGCCAAACAAGCCAUAUUUAAAAAAUAGCUUAUCUAAUAUAUAUAUAUAUAUUAAAAUGGAGGCAUUUGCAUUGGCAGGACCUUCGUUUGACACGUGGGGUGUUAGGAAAAGGGGGAGGAGCCGCAUGGCCUAAACUUCCCUAUUCGCCUGUUUUGUUUGCUUCAAGCCUCCCACCUGAUUGAGACUCCUGAGGAUGGAAAAACUUGGGAAAAACAUAGAAAAAUCAAUGAAAACAAGGGAAAGACGAAAAAAAUUGAAAGGUAAGACCAUCCACCACCGUCCCACCAGCUAGAUCCAUGCCCUCAAGGUGAUCUAUGGCACCCAUGAGGACGCCGUCCGCCGCCAGUUCUGUCGGUUGAUUGAGAUCCUCCACACCACCGACAACCCCCAUGUGGUCCGAUGCCAUGGCUUCUAUGAUCGGGUAUUAGAGAUCUAGGUCCUCCUUGAGUACAUGGAUGGCAGCUCCCUCGACGGCCGCCGCAUCACCGCUGAGCCCGUCCUCACCGACGUUGCCUGACAGGUCCUCGCUGGCCUUGCCUAUCUCCACCACCGACAUCAAGCCCUCCAAUUUUCUCACCAAUGCUACCCGCCAGGUCAAGAUCACCGACUUCAGGGUCAGCGAGAUCUUGGCCCAGACCAUGGAACCCUGCAACUCCUUGGGGACGAUCGCCUACAUGAGCCCCAAUUGGAUUAACAAGGACCUUAAAAAGGGGGUCUAUGAUGGCUUCUCCGGUGAUAUUUGGAGCUUCGGCCUCAGUAUGCUCGAGUUCUUGCUGGGGCGGUUCCCCUUCAAGGAGCAGCUAGGGUGGCAGGGCGGGGAUUGGGCUAGUCUCGCUAGCCUCAUGUGUGCCAUCUGCUACUCCAACCCAUCGGAGGUGCCGCCCACAGCCUUGUCGGAGUUCCGAAGCUUCAUCGCUUGCUGCCUCCAGAAGGAGCCCCACCACCGACUUACUGCCCCCUAGCUCUGCUCUUCCGCUUCAUCACCCAGGCUCAGGUCAUCACCCCGGUGGUGCCGUCUCCACUAAAUAAUUUGAUACUGCUGAUGUAGAAUUAGUUUUUUACUUCCCUACUUGAAAUGUCCUUUAUUUAUUCUUUUCGCCAAGUUGGAUCGCAAAGAGGACAGAAGGACAUAUGAUGGGUAAUAAAUUUUUGUUUUC